CUAGUUAACAUCUUUGUUGUUCAAUUGAUUCCAACUUUUUAUAAAUAAUUUUUAUGACUUUUUGUGUGCAUACUCGGUGUGAAUGAAAUAAUGGUGUUUGGUGUAGGUUUUUAAGUUUGUGAUUUUUCAAAUUCUCUUUAAUAAAUUUUAAUUUUUGGAUUAAUCGACACCAUCCAUAUUAUUGGAUUACGAUUUUAUUUUAACGAUAUAACGACACUGAUUCAAUAUGGCGGAUAUAAGCCAAGUUGAACAGCCUCCACCUCAAACAAAUGGCAUUUCAGAUGGUAUGGAUGAAGAUGAUCGAGCGAAAAUACGGCCGGCUGACAUAGAUGCCGAUAUGCGUGAAAUGGAACGACGAAAACGAGUUGAAUCAAUAAUGAACAGCCGACUAUUCCGUGAAGAACUUGAACGAAUCAUUGAAACACAAAUGAAAGAGGGUGGUAUCGGUCCAUCAGGUUUAUUACAACAAAUAUCUGAUUUAAUGGGUGUGCCCAGUUCACGAGCACAAUCUGGUAAUAUGUUCAAAAAUUCCAACUGUGUUAUUCCAAUAAAUGAUAUUCGUGGUGUUGAAAGUAUGGGAUAUGCAAAAGGUGAAAAAAUACUUAGAUGUAAAUUAGCAGCUGUGUUCAGAUUAAUGGAUUUAUAUGGAUGGACUCAAGGAAUCGGUAAUCAAAUCACUGCCAGACUUAAUCAAGACCAAGAACAUUUCUUAGUAAAUCCAUAUGGUUUAUUAUAUCAUGAAAUCACCGCGUCCAGUUUGAUUAAAGUUGAUAUGCAAGGAAAUGUUGUUGAAGCAGGCACCACAAAUUAUGGUGUCAAUUUAUCUGGAUAUAUGCUACACUCUGCCAUCCAUGCCGCUCGUCCAGACAUUAAAUGUAUUAUACAUAUACAUACACCAUCAGUUUUAGCUGUAUCAUCCUUAAAAUGUGGACUCCUUCCAAUUAGUCAAGAAUCCGUUGUGAUUGGUGAUGUUAGCACGCAUACAUAUUUAGGUGGAUCUUUAGAACCAGAGGAAAGGGAAAAAAUCGGUAGAAAUUUAGGACCAAUGAACAAAGUUUUAUUCUUAACAAAUCACGGUGCUGUAUGCUGCGGUGAAACAAUUGAAGAAGCUUUCUUUAAUGUGUAUAACACAGUAUUAGCAUGUGAAACACAACUGAAACUAAUGCCUGUUGGUGUAGAUAAUUUGGUGUUGGUCUCAGAAGAAGCACGAAAACAAAUAUAUGAAGCGGCACGUAAAGCUCCUGAAAGUAUUCCCAAACCAGAUGUCCCACCUGCACUUGCUGAUAAAAUUGAACGAAAAUGGCGUAUUGGUGGUGUUGAAUUUGAGGCAUUAAUGCGUAUGUUAGAUAAUGCUGGUUUUAGAACCGGUUAUAUCUACCGUCAUCCAUUAGUUAAAAAUGAACCUCCAAGACCGAAAAAUGAUUGUGAAGUACCUCCUGCUGUUUCCUCACUUGGAUAUCUUCUUGAAGAAGAAGAGCUAUAUAAACAAGGACUCUGGAAGAGAUUAGACGGCCGAAAAGGAGUGGAUCGUACAAGAUGGUUAAAUUCACCCAAUGUAUAUCAAAAAGUGGAAAUACUAGAAACUGGUACACCAGAUCCAAAGAAGAUUACAAAGUGGGUGGAUUCGAACAAUGAUGAGUGGGUAGCUGAUGGAUCUCCAACUCACUCGACAGGUACUGCCAUGAAAAUUGAUGGAGCCCUUCAAUUUGUACCCAAGAACACAAAUCCCAAAGAGUUUAAACAACUUCAACAACAGAUAAAAGAUUACCGAAGAGCAGAUAAAAUUUCGGCGGGACCUCAAUCACAUAUAUUAGAAGGUGUAUCAUGGGAGGAAGCUAAGAAAAUGCAAGAUGCAACUGUUACACAAACAGGUGAUCAUGUUGUAUUGGUUGGUGCUGCUUCUAAAGGUAUCAUACAACGUGGAUACCAACAUAAUGCAAUGGUAUAUAAAACACCCUACGCUAAGAAUCCAUUUGAUGCUGUUACUGAUGAAGAAUUAGAUGAAUACAAAAAAGUUGUUGAAAGGAAAGCUAGAGGCGAAUAUGAUACGGAUUUAAGCGAAUCAGAACCCUUGUCUUCAUUUAAUACUAAUCAAACAAAUGUUAAUGCUGUUCGAUCUCCACUUUCUGGCGCUAGUGAAACUGAAGAAGAAAGCAGGGACGAACCACGUGUGCUACGAAUAGAAACUAAAACUGCCCCUCGCCCUAGCCAACCUGAAGUGGUGCUUAGUGAUGAAUCGGAUGUAUCAACAUUUUUGUCCAUGGAACGGAAAAAUAAUGCACGCCUACCACCUAAAGGCGAGAAUACCGUAAAUGGUGACCAUUCCGAUGCCCACAUGAGUACUUUCUCACAGAGUAGUAAAGAAGGUUCACCUACAAAAGAUUUAUCAGUGUCUGAAGAUUCUCCGAAGAAGGAUAAGAAGAAGAAGAAGGGAUUAAGAACUCCUUCUUUCCUUAAAAAGAAAAAAGAAAAAAAGAAGGUAGUUGAAGCAUAGAUACACUGCCUCAUUAUUGAUAAACUCUAAGUUAGAGAUUAUUUUAUAAGCCGCCUCCACCCACCCGCGUGAUGAGAAGCCACUCUUCGAUUUGUUGCGUUGCUGCCUCAUUGUUGUUGUGGUGUUCUAACCACGUUAAAUAAUUAUUGCAUUUGUUUUGUUCGUAAAAAAAAAAAAAAACAUUUUAAUUAAUCGAGUUUUUCACAAACUAUCGAAGAAUCAAUUUAAAAAAAAAAAAAACAAAGUAUAUAUAUAUAUAUGUUGCAAUUUGA